AUGAUUGGGCGCCUGAGUCGGUUCACUGCCAACUCGAGCGUUCCCUCUCGUUCUCGGCCGGCAACCGCACGCAAGGUUUUUCUUCUUUCUUUUUUUCUCCUUUUUUUUCUUCUUCUGCCAUUCCCAUUUUCCUCUUUCUGCCAAUGUUCGCAGGUGGGUACGGGAAUCUUCGACUGCAACGGUAAAACAAGAGUGAACCCCUUCCUUUGGGUGGUUGGCAGGCGAACACUGUGGUCCAGGAUCCCCCGUACGCCGCCACGACGGCUGUCUCGCCGCAAUCAUCCCUACGGCGGGUUUAUCAUUUGAGCGCGCAUGCAAACGUGGUCUUCCCCGGAUCGGACGCCAAAUGAGACAUGAC